UUAGUGCUAUAUACAUACAUACGUGCGUGUUAUAGAUGUAUGUAUAUAAAUACUAGUUAACUGAAGGAAAAUGUCGUUUGCCACGUAAAAGUGUUAGUUUUUAAUAGAGUAGUAUUUUAAAUGGAAAUUAAUUAUUUAUAGACGAUUAAAACGAAAAUUAAACUUUUUUGAGUAUGCUUAUAAAGGAGUUGAUCCGAUUUUCUACGCAGCACCGUACGUUGCACUGCUAUUUGAUACUGAGUAUAUGGAUUUUUCUCCUAAUCGCGGGUAUGUAUAAAUACAUUGGAUACAAUGGCAAUUCCCUUAGUAGUACCUUUCGUUUCCUUAAUGGAAAAUUGCAGUCGAAAUCAGCAUCUGCUCCUAUACGUUAUAUGGAUGACACUGAUGCCGAGGCACAAGAGCAGUCCAUCUUUAAGUAUAGUCGGUUUAAAGAACGUUGUGCACCUUUAGGACACUUAGUGCGUCGCGACGAUGGUGGUAUUUUAGAUGGUUGGAAAUUGCAGGGUGUACUGAUGGUCAUCAGACAUGGCGACCGUGGCCCCAUGUCCCAUAUGCGUGGCGUAAUGGGUAUCGACUGCGGUGUAGCCAACAAUGGCUUUGUUAAUCGCUAUCGGAGUUUCCUGUAUAAUUCGACGUCAUCUUCAGGCUCUAAUCACAUGUAUUGGAAUAAAGUGGGCCCAUUUCACGGAUUCCCGUUGCUGCCGGCCUCCGAGCGUGCAUGCCUUUUAGGCCAGUUAACAUUUAAGGGAGUGGCUCAGAUGUUACAAGUUGGUGAUAUUCUACAUCAAAUUUAUGCACACCCAUUGGAGCUGCUCGUCAAACAAACUUCGAAUAGAUCAUUAAUGGGUGGCUCUUCAACGCCCAACUUAUUACUAAACUCCGACGAAGUGGUAUUAUUUUCAACACGCUACAGGCGAACUUUUCAAUCGGCUCUGGCAUUACUUUUCAACUUCCUGCCCAAUGACAAGUGGUUAUCUUUGAAUAUUCGUGAGUCCCAUAGCAUGGCAUUUUGUUUCACCGACUGUGCCUGCCAACAAGCAGAAGUUUUACUCAAGCGCCGAAAAGUUGAGCAAAAGCUGAAUUUAACAUUUCAACCAGACAUUAGUAAGGUUAUACAAUGGGUGGGAGGUACUUUGCUUCAGCAUACGCCAAAUGGAGUCAAUAAUGCACACGAUGUUGUUGACGUGCUAAACAUGGUUUUGUGUCACGAUGCGCCACUGCCUUGCCGACACAUAGUUUUCAACAAUACCCGCUUAUUUUCUACCACACAGCUAAAUACAAUAGAUUUAAACGAUGUUAUUAAUAUUGAUCAAGAUGAUCCCAGUGUAAAUCUAGUAGACGUUCGUGCCGUACCCGAAAAAGCAUUCAACGAGGAACUCGAUGGUGAAAAUGUGAUGGGAUGUAUCGAGAAGUCACAUGUUACUGCUCUCAUGGCAUACACUAACUGGCAGUCAACACACGAAGCUGAACAUGCUCAUUACAAACGGAUUGGCCUCCUCCGUGCGUAUGGCAUGAUGCGUCACAUUGUCAGUUAUAUGCUGCGAAUGAUCUCCGGCGAUCGAACAAAAUUUGUAUUGUACUCGGGCCAUGAUUGGACGCUGCAAUAUUUAACUGCUGCCUUGGGAAUAAAAACUGGGAAUACAUUCAUACCGUAUGCAACCCGAUUAGCCUUUGAACUGUACAAAAGUGAAACGCACACGGACUACUAUUUUCGAGUGGUCUAUAACGGUCGAGAUGUUACACAGCAAAUCGAUUUUUGUGAAGGUGGCAAAAGUUUAAGAAUCACACGCGAUAGUCGAGGCAAUAAGGCAGACCUUUGCCCAAUCGAGAAUAUCAUUCGUUUUUUGCACGAAGACUACUUUACUCCUCUUAAUGCAACUAAUUUUAAAGAUGCCUGCAGCCCAUCAGCAUCGCACAAAGAUGCCGACUUUUGAUAAAUAGAACACGAAGGAAUAUAAUGCACAUAUAUACAUAUGUAUAUCAAACAUAUCAAAUUACAUAUCUCCAUAUCCACAUAUACAUAUAUGUGUGUAUGUAUACGUGGACCAUUCUAACAAAUUGUAAUCCAAACAUAUCAGUGGCAUAUAUGACGCAAAAUGUACGUAUGUAUGCACGACUACUAUUUGCAAGCAAAUCCAUGCAAAUUUUAGGUUAAGAUUAUACACACCUACUAUGUAUGUAUGUACAUAAAUUUAAGAUUUAGAUACAAAUAAGUGGAUAUAUUUAAAAUAUACAUAAAAUAAUGGACGCAUCAAAAGGCACUAGGACUGAUCAAUGCUAUAAAGAAUUAAAAUGUUUUCAAUUUAUCUCCUU